AUGAGUUCGUCCAGGUCCCGGCCCUCCGACCAAUACUAUCCUUCCCAAUACCAACCUGGCAGUGCACCUUUGAUCGAUCGCGUUGUAAACAACUGGCAUCACCAAGACGAGAAGCGCUCGCAUAGGAAAUAUUACGACUCGGACUCGGACGACGACGAAGACCGUGAACUCACGCAUUGCUGCGAUCUUGACAGCGACGCCUCAUUUGUCAAUCUCUGUCAUGCUUUUUGCAUCAAUCGCAAAGUCCGCCGCGCAAUGUUGCUCAUCAUAGUCGCCUCCUUCGCCCUGUUCUUCCUGUGCAGUGGCUUCCUGAUGCCAGCAUGGCGAGAGCAGCAGGCUCUAGUCGAAGGUCUCGACAACCCGGACUCAUUCGGUCAGCAGAUGCCCAACAAACUUAGCGGCAUCACACAACUACAACAAAUAUCCCCGGACCAUGUACCUGGCGGAAGGUCCGACCCGGAUGGAAAGAGACGUCUGAUUUUCAUUGGCGACAUACACGGCUGCAAGCACGAACUUCUUGAAUUGCUCAAGGCUGUCGGGUUCAGGAAGGAUAUGGACAAGAUUAUUGCAACUGGUGACGUUCUCGCAAAAGGACCCGAUUCGCCUGGCGUCAUAGACACAUUGAUAUCUCUGGACGCUCUGUCGGUGCGUGGCAAUCAUGAGGACCGUGUCCUGCUGGCUGCGCAAUCGAGGGCCUCCACCGGUGAGUCUUUGGAAGCUAACGACGAGGCUGCGAUCGACACUUCUACCAAUUCGAGAGGCGCAGGACUCAAAGGAGAAGCUCUGCUUGGUUACCUCAAACCGCACCAUCUCAAAUGGCUUCGCUCGCUCCCUCUCAUCAUCCAUAUACCAGCACUUACUCCACCAAGGCACUCGGCUCCAGUGACUUCUGAUCUUGACAUUCUUAGCAAGAAGAAGAAGAGGAAGACAUUCAAGAUCCUGGAUGACAUCAAUGUCGUGCACGCCGGUCUUAUUCCCUCUGUCCCUCUCCUACGUCAGGACCCUUUCUCCGUGAUGAAUAUGCGAAGCAUGUCACCGACAAAUCACACGCCUAGCGAAAAUCGCAAAAAGGGCAUCCCAUGGGAGCGUGUUUGGGGCUGGUACAACGAUCGUAUGGCACGUACUCAUUCGACAUUUAUGAGCUGGUUGUUCAGUUCGACCACCGAGUCAACAGAAGCCAGUGAGUGGUGGAGGUCAUGGAACGACAUGUUCAACACCAACGACGACGGCGAAGAAUCGCAACCAUUGUUCAAACACUCCAAGCCAUCCGUCGUGGUCUACGGACACGACAGCCCUCGCGGUCUGAAUCUCAAGAGAUGGAGCAAGGGUCUUGACAGUGGUUGUGUGAAUGGCGACCAACUCUCCGCUAUGGUCUUGAAUGCAUGGGGACACGCUGAAGUUGUCAGUGUGAAUAGCAAACACCGCAAAUGA